GUUAGAUUUCCACCUCUGUAUGCAUAUGAGUUUGAAUGUGCUUGGUGGGUUUCCUCCAGGUACUCUGGUUUCCUCCUACAGUCCAAUUGGCGAUCCCAAAUCGCCUGCAGUGUGUGAAUGCAGGUCCCCUGAGAUAGGCUCCUAACUCCCCAUGACCCUGUUUACAGGAAAAAGCGGUAUAGAUGAUGAGAUAAGGUGAGUGAUGAGAUGAGCAUGUUAAAAUCCACGAUCUGCCUUUUCCUCCGAACUCGCGAAUUUCCUCGCGAAUUAGCCUUAAACCCACUCAUUACACAAGUUUACACACAUCUCAAAACUCCCGCCAGCACUAAUCAGUCGAAGCAGCCACUUAAUUCGCAUGCUCACUGUAAAGUUGAGUUUUGAGACUUUUAAGGCAUUUUAAGGCGGUAAAACGUCACUUUUUUCUUUAGAAUCCUACAGGUGGUACACUCUGAACUAUUCACACAUUUUAUCCUGUGUAGUAGAAGUGAAUUAUUUCCUAAUGUUUGUUUAGAAAUAAUAAUUAUGGCGGUUAAGUGUGCGCUCAAGUUAAAUGUUAAACUCUUGUAUUUAAAGUAAGUUUGUAUUGUUUAAAUGCUGUGCUUGGCUUUUAAAUGAGAAACUAAUGUUGUAGGGAACGGGCUACAUUUAAUAAAUCAUUCAACUUUUUUAAUGAUUGUAAAAAUUGUAAAGAAAUAAAUAAAUAAAAAAUUUAAUAUCGCAAUUUUAGUCGAAGGUAUUGUGGUGAUAAAUAUCGUAUCGUGAGGUGACCGAGGAUGGCAUAAAGGGAAAAGUCACCAGUGUGUCAUGUCCAAAAUGCCGACCAGUGAGCGCGCGCAUUCCCCACUCUGCCUCCGCCCCGCGCUCAGAGGCUCGCGCCUGGAUUCCUUUUGUCCGACCGGGCACUUAAAGGGACGAUCCAUUCUGGAAAACCCCGAGGGGGGGGAGCACUGGGAUUGUCUAUCGGAAUAAACCGAGAGAUCCAUACUCUGAGUUUUGUUUAAGGCCAAACACGUCAAAAUAUCCAUAAAUAAAUCAAGUCAUAUCAGUUCUCUUAAGGACAAACGCCUGUUUUGUGUUAUCGCUGUACGGUAUAAAGUGCUGCUCCCCCCGCGGCAGCUUCCAUGGCCGCGUCUAACGGACCCCCAGCUUUGCCCUCAUUGGUUGAUGUGUUUAGACGCGAAGGAUGAGAAGACUCGGAGCGGCGGCUCACACGGGCACGAGACGUGUGCUGUAACCAUGCAGGGAACGUGUAACAGCGGGAAAAAUGGCGACAUGAAGCUUGGGAUUGUUUAAGGAAGUACUAGAGCAUGGCGUGUGCGGAGUAAAACAGGCGUUUCUGCUCGCCUCCUCUCUGCUCAUUCCUCCUCCUCCUCUUCAUAAUCCUCCUCCUCCUCCUCUUCCUCCUCCCUGUGCGUUUCCACUCGUCUGGAAAGAAUCAGAAUGUAAGGCAGAACUUCGAUUCAUGUCAUCGGGUGAAGAAGGGGCUUCUCGACCGUACCGAGGACUGUUAUCUCCAGAGAAACGCGCUGAUCUGAUAGCCGAGGUCCCCAGGUCUGAUCUGGAUCCCGGAAUGGUGGCUCGGAGCACAGAUAAUCUGGACAGUUCCGGGGAGCCCGCCAACCGCUCCAUUGGCACCACUGCCAACUUGAAGGGGAAGAUGAGCAAAAGGCUGUCUGUCGUCAAAGGCCACUUCCCGAAGCUCACCGACUGUGCCCACUUUCACUAUGACAACGUCGACUUUGGUUCAAUUGAGCUUCAGUUUGCCAGCGAGCAAAAUGAUGCUAGUUGGAGCUCAGCCAAUGUCAAAGACCUCGUCUUCCUCGUGCAGGUCUCCUGCCAGGGUAAGAUGUGGACUGUGCGCCGCACAUACGAAGAGUUUCGCACCCUGGAUGCUCACCUGCACCAGUGCAUCUAUGACCGCCGAUACUCACAGCUCAUAGCCCUGCCGUCGCUUAGUGAGAUCAGGGACAGAGUGGAGCUCUUCGCCCCCAUGCUGUCUGAGUACCUGAGCCGUCUCUCUGUGAUUGUGGACAGUAAGCUGAACUGUGGGCCCGUUCUCACCUGGAUGGAGAUCGACAAUCAUGGCAAUCGGUUUCUGCUAAAGGAAGAGGCGUCUUUAAACGUCCCCGCUAUCGCAGCAGCGCACGUCAUCAAGCGCUACACAGCCCAAGCCAGCGAUGAGAUUUCUAUUGAGGUCGGUGAUAUUUUGUCUGUGAUUGAUAUGCCACCCAAAGAGGAGACCACCUGGUGGAGAGGAAAACAUGGCUUCCAGGUUGGCUUCUUUCCCAGCGAGUGUGUCGAGCUGAUCAAUGAGAAGAAGCCUCAGUCUGUCAACACGUCUGCUGCCAAGAUAGUAGAGGUUGAUGCAGGCAGCUCUAGACCCGGAGUCGCCAGUGCGCCCAGUCCGUCUUCUCCCACAUCAGUUUCCAAGAAGCAUGGCAAGUUGAUGGGUUUCCUUCGAGUCUUCAUGAAAUCCAGGCCCAGCAAGCAGAAGCUGAAACAAAGGGGCAUCCUGAAGGAGCGGGUCUUCGGUUGUGACCUUGGAGAACACCUUCUCAACUCUGGACAAGAUGUUCCCCAGGUCUUAAAAAGCUGCUCAGAGUUUAUCGAGAAGCAUGGCAUCGUAGACGGUAUCUACAGGCAUUCUGGGAUUUCUUCCAACAUCCAGAAACUGAGGCACGAGUUUGACUGUGAGAAUGUUCCAGACCUGACGAAAGACGUGUACAUGCAGGAUAUUCACUGCGUCGGCUCCCUCUGCAAGCUCUACUUCAGAGAGCUGCCCAAUCCCCUUCUCACCUACCAGCUCUAUGAAAAGUUUGCUGAUUGCAUGGGGGAGAUGACUGAGGAUGAGCGCAUGGUCAAAGUGCACGACGUCAUCCAGCAGCUUCCCCCUCCUCACUACAGGACUCUCGAGUACCUCGUAAAACAUCUGGCCCGUCUAGCCACCUUCAGUGAAGAGACCAACAUGCAUGUUAAGAACCUGGCCAUCGUCUGGGCUCCAAACCUGCUCAGAUCUAAGGAGAUCGAGGCUACUGGGCUGAAUGGCGCUGACCCGUUUAAAGAGGUGCGCAUCCAGUCUGUAGUAGUGGAGUUCUUGCUCACCAACGUGGAGGUGCUCUUCAGUGAUUCGUUCACAUCCGUGGGACGGUUUGCUGCAGCUCGGCAAUCCCUGACCAGGCCGAAGUCUUUUGUAUCCACUAGGCUGCUGUCUUUGGAGGAAGCUCAGGCUCGCUCCCAGGCUCCUCUACUCCUUCAAGGAUCUUCGCACCCCCUACAGGAUCGCUACCACACUGUUCUGGACCUCCCUACUCACAGAAGGAAACGAGGGCCAAAGGCACGGAAGGCAGCCGGAGGUAGCUGGAAGACGUUCUUUGCUAUUGGGAAGCCUGCAGGUUCAGGUCGCCGCAAGCCCAUCCGGAUCACCUCACUAUUCCAGCCCUCCACCUCUCACGCAGGUUGUAGGGUGGACAGCGUCACAUUGAGGUCAGCUAAGAGCGAGGAGUCUCUUUCUUCCCAACACAGUGGCGCAGGUCAGGGAAAGUUGCAGCGUUUACGAAGACCUCGCUCGAGCAGUGAUGGCCUCUCUCUGGCUGCUUCCAUGGACCCUCAGCUCCUGGCUCAGCCAGUUACUUCGCAGAUCCCACCCAGCCGCUCCUAUGACAGUUUGCUGCCUGACGAAACCCGAGAUGCAAAUGACGAGGAAGAUGAUGAAGAUGACGAGGAGGGCGUCUACAUGCUGCCCGAUUUCUCACAGGAACCUCCCACGUCCUGGAUGGCUGAGGAUGUCCCUGACUUUAGCCCUACCUUCCCGGAUGAGGGGCCGUUUGGAAUCGGGAGCACCGGCCCCGUUGCCCCUGGUGAUAGGGAAUCCCCGUCUGCGGCCACUCCUCCUCCCUACCGUUGUCUAAGUCGUCAAGGGCAUGCCCGUUCUGGAAGUCAGCGUUCAGUCACGGAAGAUCCAGACUCUGUGCUUAACCAAUCAGAAGCAGCAGCACGUAGGAGUCUGAUUUUGGCAGCAGCCGCACCAAGCCAGCAAGUGUUCUGUCAGCAUAGACCUCCUGCGCUUAAUACCCCUGCCUCCAGCAGCACCCAGGCUGGAGAUCCCAACCUUAGUCCUUCUCAGAGCCAGCCCUCUGCCACAGCACCUCCUGUACCGUCCACUCAACCUCCACAGGAAAGGCGCUCAUUUACCAAAAAGAUGGUACAUGCCCUUUCACCAAAAGCGCCUAAGUCACCUCCACUGGACAUAUCGGACCCCAUUGCCAUCAGUGUACCUGCCAAGGUGCUGGAAAUGAUUGGGGGGCGUGCUGGGGAAUUACAAUCCAGCAUGCCAGGUGGUGCUCCCUCCCAGCCACCCCAAAUGAUCUCGAUGCUAUUGAAGUCUUGUGACUUCCAGCUUACAGAGAGCUGCCAACAGGAGCUAAGCAGCAAGUUUGGCCAUGAGGUUAAGCUAAGAGGCCCCAGUAUUAUCGGUCCUAAUGGUGCUCCCCUGCCUUCCCAAAAGCCACCACCUCCACCUCCUAAAAACCCAGCACGCCUCAUGGCUCUGGCACUGACAGAAAGUGCCAACAAAGCUCUUCGGCAAGGUGCCUCUCCUCCCUAUCGUCCCCGCCAGGCUGAGAGUCCCCCUGACGGCGACACCCGUUUCCAGAGGUCCCUGUCCGCUGAUGCAGGAGCUGUGCUCUCAUCAGAUCCAGAUCAGCUGUACUCUACUGUGCGUCCCCUGUCUGUGUGGAUGUCCGAGGGGGAAGGUGAAGUUAGCGCUCCAGAAAAGACUACAGACUUGACACAGGAGGAGGAAGAGGAGCAAAGAUCACCUCCAGGCCAGGACACGGGUACGCUCUCCUCCGAUGGCACGGUUUCUGACUCUGGAACAUCUAACAGUGAGCUGUCUGCUGGGAGUUCUUCUGGGGACAAUGAGAAAACCCCAAGCCCAAUUUACAACCAGAAGCCACAGCUUCCUCCACCUCCAAAUCAGACUCCUAAAUCCAUUUCACCUGCUGCUAGCGAGGUUCUCUCACAGAGGAAACCCCCAGCGUAUGGCCGGCAGUUCUCUGCUCCACACCUUCAGCAACAGAUGUCAGGCACAGAGUCCAAAUCUCCCAACCAGGCCCAUUCCCAGCUCCUGCAUUCCAGGUCUGAGAGCUCCCCCUUGGCACACAUACAAGCCUUUCAGCCUACACGCCCCAAAGUGCCCCCCAGGCCACUGGACUCUGCUCCACUAAGGCCCCCGAUCUCAAAAACCGAUCGACAUGACUUCACACGUCGCUCCCUAGAUGCUGGUCGCAUCCGACGCAUGGUGGGGCCGGCUCAAGGCAACCCACCACUUUCGAGAGCUUUUUCUGAGCGCAUAAGCAACACAUCAGAUGCACUGUCGCGCUACCAUGCGGCCAGACUGGUCAACCAGGCAGCACAGGCUGUGACAAGUCCUCAACCUCUCAUGCAACAGCAGGCCCAGCCCUCUCAUAUCCGACCUGCAUUCUCAUCUUGUGAAGAUCCCUCCAACAUGGAGAAUUUAUACUAUGAGAUAAGUACACCUGAUCAUCCAUCUAGCUACUCCCAGCAUAGCUACCAGAACAUGAGGUUAGAUGUGGAUGGCAACUACCGGCUUUCAGAGCCAGCCAAUCAAAGGCCCCAAUCUAGGGGUCAUCCCCCACCCCCAUACUCACAAGUGCCAGGAUCUGCCAGAGCUUCUCAGCUUUGGUCCUCUGAGGCCACACGUGCCUGGACUGCAGCUCAUUCUCACUCCUCCUCCUUCUCUCAUUCUCACCGUCAUUCUCAAAACAACCCACCAGGUCCUCGUAAUCACCCUCGGCUGCAGCGUCAGACCUCCUCCUCUGUCAGGUUGACUCGCAGUGAGCUGCACCCCAUUCCUGCCGCAACUAGCUUCAGCUCCUCAGGAGGUCUCGUGCCUCUGUCUGUGCAUCAGCGUAGCUUACACUGUUCCGUGCGUUCACCUUCCUCCAAUCUUACUGCCUCUCAGCUACAUCCGUACUUUGAAAAUGGGAAAGUGUGUUAUCGUUAUUUUGAGACUUCUGGACAUGAGGAGGGACAACUAAGCCAUCUUCAGCCAUCAAUUUCAAAAUCACAUCAAACCUAUUCAUCCCAGACCUCCCCAAUACAAGCAUAUAACCCACCUUCCAAAGAUGAACCCAUUUAUGUGAACUAUCCUUUCACCAGCCCUCCAGGUACUGGAAUGAAUACAAAGACUUGGGCCACAACAGACCUGGAUGGAGAUGCCCAGCAAGGGGCAGAACCUGUCGCGUGUCCUCCUGAGCCACCUACAGAGACUGAGCAGCAGUCUCCAGAGAAAGCUCUAGAUCAAGAGUGUCCAACAGCUAGUUUUGAAAGUCCUGUCCAAAACGAUGGUGACUCAGAUUCCAAGGCUUUGGUGAUGACCCCAGUCUCUGAAACGACGCACUUUCGCAGCCACUCUGACCCACAGAGCUCAAGUUCAGAACCCAUUCAGGCCCUGACGGGCAAGGACAUUGCUUCGUUGCUGAUUGAGAAGCUUGCAGAGGACGAAAAAGAGGGUCUUAGUGUGGCUACUUCAUCCUCUGCGUCUUCCUCUCCCCAUUUUGAGUACCCCCCUAACCCAUACCCCAGCCAACAUCAUAAGCGCCCACCACCUGCCUACACCCCAGCAUCCUCUAGGAGUCAUUUUGAGAGCCAAGGUAUGCCACGAGAAGGUUCAGGACCUUUUCAACGCCAAGAUCCCAUGCGACGUUCUUCCAGUGGCCAGUACAGACAAGCUUUUGAUGUUAUGCCAUCUGGCGACCAAGUUCUUAAGUUUUACCGAAGCCAAGAGUUUAUUCCGACCCACCAGGGUGAAAGCACAACACAGAACCCAUACCCAACAAGACCUCAGUGUCAGGAUUCCAGCAGUCAUAUUCUUCAGGCUCACCCAGACACACCCCAUUCCUCUACCCCUCCUUUGGUGGCCUUCUCACCCCUGGCAUUAAGCACACCAAGAGGAUAUGGGGCUCAGAUGGAAGUUAAUCCAUAUAACCAGUACCAGUACCAGGCAGGUCCGGUGCUUCCCCCUUAUCCCAGUGCUCCCAGGAGGGAUGUGAUUCUGGAUCCUGCUCUUCGUCCACCGGGACUCCGGAGCCAGAGGGACUUGAACCGGCAGGGCAGUCUGUCUGGUCCCAACUGGUCCAUUCACACAGAGGGUCAAACUCGCAGUUACUGCUAAAGCACAAACCAAUGGCAAGGGUAAACCUUCUUUGGACUGGAGGUGAAAUCCAUUGGGAGGAGUGUCCUAAAAUAACCCCAGUGCUGUACUGCAUAACUGGACCUUUAGAACAAAGGAAAGAGAGGUAGACAGAGAGGGUAGGGCAUGAUGGAUAAGAAAAUCAAAGAAGUGAACCAUAUAGUGGCUUAGAUAUGUAAACAUUCCAGUAGACACUGUGUUGUCCAGCAGAGGGCGUCAGAUAGAUGUAUGGCUGCUGUCCCUCUGAAGGGAGUAUCAGGUAUUCUGCAUGGUGGCUUGUUCUGCUUUAGGUACUUUCUGGGUUUAAGUUAAUUGCUAGAACACUAGGUGACAAGGACAGAGAGCGGUGUACAGGGAAAUAAGCUUAGUAUGUCUUUUUUAAUGCUAAAAUAAUUUGAUGGUAACCUUAUGCUGCUGGCUGGUUCUAAAGAAGCAACGUGUUUUAUUUUGCCUCAGUAUUCUUCUGUUUGUAGCAGUCUGACAUUUUCAUUUACAGCUUUUUAACUUUGUAAGUUAAUUUAAUUUCAUUACAAAGAGCUUUUAUGAGUUUUUUGCUGUGUUUCAAAGAUUGCGAAGAAUAGGAAUGUUAUUAAUUUUUAGGCGUGCGUGCGUGCGUGUGUGUGUGUGUGUGUGUGUGUGUGUGUGUGUGUGUGUGAAAGAGAGGGAGAGAGCUAAACUGUGUUUUCAUUUGUGUAUGGAUGCUUGUCAUGUCACAAUAAUCGUCUUCUAUGUCCUGUGAAACAUACACGAAAGCAAGUGAAGGAAACGCUGCCAUGUGCUUAUGAGAUCAUUUGUAUGAUGUGCACCUGCACACAUUAGUGAGUAUGUGUGUGUGUACUUGCAUGUGUCCAUGUUUUAUGGAAGGUACUGCACAUUUGACCAUGAGAACUGGUUGUGGGAUUUCAUAGUUGAACUGUCUACCGAUGUACUAAUCAAUGCAUCAGUCAUUACAUUAAUGGUAAAUAUACAGGUUUUCCUCAUUACAAUCAGUUUCACCGUGGGAAUUUUUGCUGCAUGGCCUGUCAAAAGUUUUGGGACAUCCCGUCUUAUUAUUAUUUAUACAUUAACAUUAAUUGAAUAUUGAACUACUCAUUGUGUAAAUUGUUUAAAUGUCCUUAAAAUUUGCAUUGGAAUAAUCUAGAUGUACCCAAAUUUUUGACGGGCAACUUGUUUCAGAGUCUGAUACCUAUUGAACCUGUUGUUUUUCUGAGACUGAGGAAAUGUUUAAAUGUUCUCACAAACUUGUGUUCACAUAAUGAUUAUAUUACCAUAACAAAAUGUGUAAGUUCAGAGGUUCUUAGUUCUACAGACACAAAAAAAUUAACCUGUCCGUUAUUUUUUCCCCAUUGAGACUUUUUUGUAUUUCUAAAUAUUUGAGCCAGGUUUAUUAGGUAGUCCUUUCAUACUGCCAAAGUUUUAGUUCAGCAGAAACAGGGUUGGGCAGCUCAACACUACUGUAAUGCAAUAUGACAAUGUGAGGAUUUCUUAGGGCGAGUGAGCUCCUGGUGCUCUACCCUUAAUUUAAACACACCUAUCUUUAAAAUUCAAGCGCACCUGAACAGAUUGGCAGGAAAUUGAUUUGGGCGUGACGGCUCUUUGGGUGGCGUUUAAUUUCUGUUGAAGGGUAGCACUCCAGGAGCAUAGUUGCACACCUCUUAGGGUGGAACAGGGAUGACACCUGUAGUGGUUUCCUAGCAACGGAUGCCUUUCCUUGAGCACUUGUUCGUUAUGUGCCGAGACUUGAACAUUACCUCUUGAGUCAGUGUUAGUAGGGAUACAUGAGCCUUUAAUUGCUUCUUUCUCGUUAGCAGUAUGUCCAGUGUCCUUAAAUAACUGGCCCUAAAUGUUUUAGGUGAAAACAUUGCACAUUUUUAUCUUUUUUUUUGUGCUCAAGAACGAGCAAUUUUGUUAAAGUCUUUAAGGUACAAAGUUUAGUUGUGUGUGUGUGUAUGAGUGAGUGAAGGUCCUUUGACUUUUUUAUCCAUAACUAUGCAGUGAAGUACAAGGGAACAUUUCCUACAACAUAGUUAACUCUUUACUCCAAAUGUAUGUAUUACUGUGUGUGUGUGUGUGUGUGGGUUUAUGUGCUUUAAACCUAAACAUCCUGUUCAAUGGUCUCUUUUUUGCCUUACAAGCACUUUGCAAAAGGCACCAUGUUUUGUAAUAUUUACCAGUGUGUGAAUUAAAAAAAACACCUGAAUGCAUCAGUCA